AAAAUUAAACAAUAUCCAAAUGUAUAAUGUGGGGGUGUGUGAAAUAACAACCCAAGUUAGAUGUAAUCAUUAGGCUUAAGACAUGUAUAUAGUUGCAACUUGCAAGUGCACUUUGAAAAUAUCACGCACACUCACUUUGAAGAUUAUUAAUAUACUAGUAGGACUAUUUGUUUUAUGAGAAGCACAGAGAGAGAGAGAGAAAUCAAAUCCAAACACUUCUUCUUUCUCUAAUGGCGAAACACUCCUUUUCCCUUUCCCCUCUUUCCUCCUUCCUCCUCCCUAGAGGCGACACUCUCUUUUACCUUAUUGCCCUUUUCUCUAUCCUCUCCCUUCUCCUCCACCACCUCUCUCCCGUCUCCGCCGAGCACCGCCACUUCGAGGGUUUCGACGCCGAUGAUAUCGACGACUUUGUUGACCCCGAUGAACCCAUCUCCGCCGCACAAAACCUCCCUCCUCCUCUACCUACCACCACUCUCUCCGUCUCCGACCCUGUUGAAUCUCACCAUGGUCCUCCUCCUCCUCCGUCUGAUUCUGCCACUCAAGUUACGUCUCAGCCGUCGGAUCCGAAGCCUGCGUCCAUGUCCUUUGAGGAAUGGGAUGAAGAUGAGUUCGAAGGUAUUCCUCAAUCUCCGCCCUCUGAUUCCGCUUUAAUUACGGAAUCUGCCACUGAGACUUACACUUCUUCCGAAUCGGAUCCCGGUUUGAAACCUGAACUGGAGCUUGAGAGUGAAAGGCCGAGAUCGAUAUCGGAUUACACUGUUGAGAUAGUUUGUGUUUCUUUCUUGAUUAUGUUUGUAAUAAACUACUUUACCGGGAAGAAGGAGAAUGAGAACGUAGCGUUAGCUUGGGCGAGUAAAUUCGCGACGAAGGAUUCCAUAUUUGACAAGAAUUUUAGUUUGUUGGGUGUUGGGGAAACGGAUGAUUCGCCAUUGUUGUUAAAAGAAGGACAAAAUGUGUUCAAAUUUUAUGCUAGUGGGAGGAGAUUUUGUCAGGGUUUGCUGGCUACGAUGGAGCUAAAAAGUCGGCAUGAUUUGAUAUCGAGGUUGUAUAAUAUGGUGGUGCCUUGUAAAGAUGAGAUAACGUUUGAGGUGUAUAUGAAUGAUGAUGCAAUGGAUCAUGUGGUGGUUGCUGUGGCUAAGAAGAAAUUGGCCAAGACAAUGCAAAAAGAGAUUACGGAUCUCCAGAGAUUUGCAUCAGUGGUGAGUCCACCAAAUGGGAGGAAGUGGAUUGCUGACGAGUUGGCUGUUGUUGCUGAGUCAAAAGAGGUGGCUGGGGAUAUGAUCAGCGAAACCGUGCUUGAUCAGGUUUUCGGUGACAAAGCAUAUGAGAAAUUUGGUAAAGGUUUCAUCUCGAUGCAUCUCUCUGAUCAACAUCAGGGGUCUCACAAGAAGAUGCUGGUAUUCAAGUUUGCUCUCCCUGAUGCCAAAAACAUGGCUGACAUGACCCGGCUUGUGGCUCUUGUACCUUAUUACAUCGACUUAAUUGGACGAUACAAGCUAAGCUCGCAUGCCCGCUCUAAAACUGAAGGAGCAAGAAUGAAGGUUGCCCAAGAGAUUUACAAAGAACUCCAGAAUGCCAGGCAAGAAGCACUGCAGAGGAAGAAGGCUGAACAGAGAAAGAAGAUAGAGGAAACUGAGGCUAAGCUUAGUGCAGAGGCACUUCGCAAGAAAGAAGCUAAAGAGCGUGCUCGGCAGAUGAAGAAGGCAAUGCCAAAAAUGAAGAUGACCCGUGCUGGGUAGACUCGAGUUAACGUGCCAUCUAAUCUUCUCUAGAUCUCGUCAACGAUCAUUGUGUCUCAGUGUUACCGAGUUUGCUUCUUGUAUUAGGUAGACGAGAUUUCUCUGUUGGUUCUGUACCUUAGUAUGUAGUUUUAGGGAUCUUCCUUAUUUUGGCCACAGGUCGUGGAUUUUGCCUUAGUCUGGUGCCUGUUGUGAAGUAAUGGGUACACUCAGUUGAAAAUAAUAUUUUGUUAGAACUGAGAAGAGUUUCUAAUUACACUAAGUAGAAUAUUUUUCACUUGAA